AUGGGAGACAAAAAAAAGACCAAUGACCCACGAAUCCACUUGUUAGCUGGAGCCUCCUCUGGGCUAUUAACAGUCCUGCUCCUACAGCCCUUCGAUCUAGUCAAAACUAGGCUGCAACAAGAACGAUCUGGACUCUUGAAAGCAGUCCGAGAUGCCGCAUCGCCUUCCUUUUGGCGAUUAUGGCGUGGAACUUGGCCGACAAUCUGGAGAAAUGUGCCUGGACAUGCAAUGUACUUCACUGCGCUGGAUGUCGUGAGGAGAGGAUUGUCCGCUGUUAAAUUGGAUGGUAGUAGUGGGGCCCUUUCAAAGGAGAUGGUUAAUUUGGUUGGGGGUGCUACUGCUCGUGUGGGUGUAGGUCUGAUACUGAUGCCCAUGACUGUCAUCAAAGUUCGCUACGAAAGCAACCUAUACAACUACACAUCCGUAUGGAAUGCAUUCCAAACCAUAACUCGAAAGGAAGGUAUCCGUGGUCUCUUUGCUGGGUUUGGAUCAACUGCUAUAAGAGACGCUCCGUAUGCUGGGAUUUACGUGGUGGUGUAUGAGAGAAUGAAAUUGUUUCUACAUGCUGCUAUGAAAUCAGAAGACUUUAAACCAGUCAUAAAUAUGGCCUCAGGUAUAUCAAGUGCUAUCUUAUCUUCGGUCGUGACCCAACCUUUCGAUGUGAUUCGGACGAGGAUUCAAAUAAAACCCCAAGAGUAUCGGAAUACUGUGUUUGCUGUGGCAAAGAUUCUAAAGGAGGAAGGAAUACGAGCCUUCAUGUCUGGACUUGGACCAAGAUUAGCUAGAAAGCCGUUAAGUGCUGCUAUAACGUGGACUGUUUACGAAGAGCUGGUUCGAUCGGGACAGUAG